AUGGCUAGAUCAUCAUCCAGAAGACCAGCACCAGCAUCCAACUCCCGUUCUAUUUUUGGUGGUAAAACCCAAGCCAGACCAGCUUCCACCAUGUCAGCACCUGCAGCUGCAGCACCAGCUUACAGAUCUCCAGCACAAGCAGCGGCUCCAGCAGCGGCUCCAGUGUCUGCUCCGGCACAAGCGGCUCCACAACAACCAGGUAUGUUUGCACAGAUGGCAACCACGGCUGCAGGUGUUGCAGUUGGUUCUGCCGUUGGUCACACCUUAGGAGCAGGUCUGACUUCUAUGUUCUCUGGUUCUGGUUCAAACGAAGCAGCACAACAACAACAACAGGCUGUACCAGCAGCUCAAUCCCAAGUCACUCAACAACAAGCCACUCCAGCUUGUGAUGCAGAUGCAAGAAACUUCACUAGAUGUAUUGAAGAAUCCAAUGGUAACUAUCAAGCUUGUGACUUUUAUCUACAACAAUUAAAGGCUUGUCAACAAGCUGCACAACAAUACUAA